CGCUGAUAUUCUUGACUCGUUAAUUCCGUGCUCUCGGACUUUCGGCUUCUCGGCAGAUGACAACAGCCACUGUGGCGAUUCGUACUCGAAUCGGGGCGAGCACCUGAUCCCGCAUAGGGAAUUUCUUUCCCCUCUGAUUAGCAGUUUCUUUGUCGCCGCAGUUAAAUUAGUCCUAAUAUAGUCAAAAGAUAGUCAGUCGCAAUAUAGGCCCGAUGUUGGUGAUCUGGCUGGUCAUGUUAAGCAUUCUGACUAACGAUUUUCUCGGACUCUAACUCCGGGUGGCAUAACUUCCAACCUAUCGUUGAACCCAGGCCCUCUCUCUCCAUGCGUCUGAACACCUACCCUGGUCUCAAGCAGGGAUCAACUGAGCAUACCAAUGAUAAGCGCCAGGCAGACGUUAAUUCUUUUUGCCUGCUAAAUGCGCCCCCUUUCUCAGCUGAGAAUUUAUCCGCUGGACCAAACAUCCAGGCAUUCCCUGUGAAAAGCUUGACAAAUCUUAUCCGGGGUGAUGGUUCGCAUGACAUACUGUCCGAUAAGUAUGAUAGUGGGCCCUCCCUCUUUCUUCCCCCUCCUCAAAAACGCCUCUCUUUACUCAGGUAGGCAGGUCUUCAGCUCUGGGCGGCAAAGUGA